UUUUUAUAAAGAAUGACUUGAUUGGUGUUCUAAAGAGAUCGAUGUAGUGAAGAUGAGUGGCGAAGGUAACUUAGGUAAGGAUCAUGAAGAAGAAAACGAAGCACCACUUCCUGGGUUCAGGUUUCAUCCGACGGAUGAAGAGCUUUUAGGAUACUAUCUUCGAAGAAAAGUAGAGAACAAAACCAUCAAACUCGAACUUAUCAAACAGAUCGAUAUCUAUAAGUACGAUCCUUGGGAUCUUCCAAGUAAGUCUUCUUAAUUAUUGGAUCAUCCCCUCUAUAAAUAUCAGCAUCGUAUAUUAUGAUCAACUCAUUACAUAUAGUUGUUUUUAUUGUUUUUUCUACUGAUUUUAUCAAGAAAUUAGGGACGUCCACUUUGAGAUCUUGUUCGAAUCAAAACGAUAAAAAAAAAAUUUGUAUUUUGAAUGCGAUAAGUUAGUACAUUUCCAUAUACUUAUGAUAUGGGACCAUCCAUCCAUACGAAGAUCAGGUCAAAUAAAAUAAAAUUUAGUAUACUUACACAGAAAUAUCGCAUAGUGCGCCUUUAUCAUCAUCGCAUGAAGAUAUAGAACACGAACUAUGAGUGAGCAGCGUCGGAGAAAAGGAGUGGUACUUCUUCUGCAUGAGAGGUAGGAAAUACAGGAAUAGCGUUCGACCAAACCGAGUGACCGGUUCAGGUUUCUGGAAAGCCACUGGUAUUGAUAAACCGGUUUACUCCAAUCUUGACUGUGUUGGUCUCAAGAAAUCUCUGGUUUACUAUCUUGGUUCAGCCGGUAAAGGCACCAAAACCGAUUGGAUGAUGCAUGAAUUCCGCCUCCCCUCCACCACGAAAACCGACUCUCCAGCUCAACAAGCAGAGGUAUGGACACUUUGCAGAAUCUUCAAACGAGUCACAUCUCAAAGAAACCCAACCAUCUUACCACCAAACCGAAAACCGGUUAUCACUUUAACCGACACUUGUUCUAAGACCAGCAGCUUAGAUUCCGACCACACGAGCCACCGUACAGUAGAUUCCAUGUCCCACGAGCCGCCGCUUCCACAGCCACAGAAUCCUUAUUGGAACCAACAUAUAGUUGGUUUUAAUCAACCGACAUAUACUGGUAAUGAUAAUAACCUCCUGAUGAGUUUCUGGAACGGCAACGGUGGAGAUUUCAUAGGAGACUCAGCAAGUUGGGAUGAACUUAGAUCUGUUAUAGAUGGCAACACUAAACCCUAGUAAUAAAGUUUCCUUUUUUCAGCUUUGUACAAAAAGAUAAAACAAACGAUUGCUUUUGUUUUAGACAAUAAAUUAAUAAUUAAUGAUAUAUCUCUAGUGAGUAAAUUACACUUUUGAUAUUUUUGAUCUAUAGUUUGCAUCAUAUGUUAAGAAGAAGUAA